UCGCUACUUAAAACGAAACCGGGCGAAUGCAAAUCCAGCUAGAAGAGGAGGGGAGAAGAAGAGAAAGGAGCGAUGUGGCAACCGGAUAGUUCUACUCCUGUUUCCUCUUGAUAUACUGGCAUCAUUGCUGAUGGGAUACGACCCCCGACCCCCAAAGUAGGCUGCUUUUUAAGAGGAGAUCAACAUGCAAAGCGAACAGAUUCCAGAGCCAGCUAUCUGUGCAUCCCAUUUCGUAUUUUUAAUUUGGCUUUGUGAUGAGGCAAUAGAACUAAUUGAAACUCAGAGACAGGGUCUGGCUUCGCAGACUGAUGAGGACCUGAAGAUAAUGAAAGGCGACAUGAAAGCAGCGAGUCUGUUAGACGAUCAUCAAACCCAACAGAGUUUUCACAACUGGAGGUUAGCAAGUGUGAGAAGGAUGGCAGCUCUGCCAAAAUUGGCCAAUGGAGACAUUUUGCUGAGUAUCCCUUCCCCACCAAAAUAAAGGACAAACUUCUGCGGAUGUGUGUGAACUAGGAGAGAAUGGGACAGAAGAGGGCAACUUGAACUCCUUAGUUCAUAUCUUUGGCACUAAAUUACAUUUGUUUCCUCAUUUGCUGUACAUGUAUUGUUAUCAGUGCCAUCCUAUCACAAGAGAAGAAAUCAAUGAAUUAUUUUUUUAAAAAAAAAACCUAAAUAAGAACACUUCCACGAGUACACCUGGAUGUGCUUUUUCUUCAUGGCUCAAUAGACAUCCUUUCUGUCAUUAAAUUUACUUGUUAGUCUAAUGUACAUGGAAGCUAGUGAAAGGUUUCAUUGUUUUUUAGCCCUCUGGGCAAAAAACACUUUUCAGCGUGGCCAAAGGGUUUCUAGUCUAAGCGCCUGCACGCCAGCGUUUUUCCAGUGCUGUGUCAACUGAUCGGUUCAGCUCAGAACUGUGUGUACCUGGUAGCACAAGGUCCCCUCCGCUACUGCCGCCUGGGUUUGCGUAAAAAGCUUUCAAGUGUAUUUUUCCCACGCUGGCGAGUCUGAUUCAUGUUUGAAAUCUGAACAGUGGUUUUGUUUUUUCGAAAGAGGUGUAUGCCCGAAGGGAGGAAACUGCCUAAUGGAUCAUGGCUCUAAUGUUUACAGGACAUUCCUUAUUUCUAGCUUUAGUGAUGUUGGCAGCCUCCACUUUUGAAGAGUCUGUAAGCAAUUACUCUGACUGGGUGACUUUUACAGAGGAUGUGGAUCCGUAUGAGAAACAGAGGCUAGAUGAUUUCAGGACUAGUCAGAAGACGAAAAAGGCCGUGCUUCACCCAAGCUUAUAUUUUAGUGCUGAAGAGCUCCCAGCGCUGAGACAGAAAUCUCACACCAGCCAUCUCCACCUCUUCAGAGCCCUCAGAAAUGCGGUGUCAGUGAUGCUGUCCAGUCCAUCGUACUACCUCCCUCCCCCCAAGCAUGCUGAUUUCGCUGCCAAGUGGAAUGAGAUAUAUGGGAACAAUCUCCCUCCUUUAGCCUUUUACUGCCUCCUGUGCCCGGAAGAUAAAGCUGCCUUUGAUUUUGUGCUAGAAUAUAUGGACAGAAUGGCUGGAUACAAAGACUGGCUGGUGGAGAAUGCCCCAGGUGACGAAGUUCCUCUGGGCCACUCCUUAACUGGCUUUGCCACCGCUUUUGAUUUUUUAUAUGCCUCAUUGGAUGAUGUCAGAAGGCAAAAAUACUUCGCCAAGAUAUGGGCUGUGACUGAGGAAAUGUACGAGUAUUCCAAAGUCCGUUCCUGGGGCAAGCAGCUUCUUCAUAACCACCAGGCCACUAACAUGCUAGCAUUGCUCAUUGGGGCCCUGGUCACUGGAGGGGGCCUAGAGUCCCAAGCAAAUGCCUGGAAGCACGCUGUGGUGGACGUGAUGGAGAAAACCAUGUUUUUGCUCAACCACAUUGUCGAUGGCUCUUUGGACGAAGGCGUGGCUUACGGUAGCUACACCGCCAAAUCGAUCACUCAGUAUAUAUUUCUGGCGCAGCGCCACUUUGGGAUUAACAACCUCGAAAACCACUGGCUCAAAAUGCACUUUUGGUUUUACUACGCUACCCUUCUGCCGGGCUUUCAGAGGACUGUCGGCAUAGCCGAUUCAAAUUACAAUUGGUUUUACGGCCCCGAAAGCCAGCUGGUUUUCCUGGAUAAGUUUGUGCUGAAGAGUGGGGUAGGCAAUUGGCUUGCACAACAAAUUAGAAAGCACCGCCCAAAGGAUGGUCCAAUGGUGCCCUCCACUGCCCAGAGGUGGAGCACGCUUCACACCGAGUACAUAUGGUACGACCCGGGGUUAACUCCCCACCCUCCACCUGAUUACGGCACUCCUAAAAUGCAUGUGUUCCCUAACUGGGGGGUAGUCACGUACGGAGCAGGUUUGCCAAAUGCUCAGACAAAUACCUUUGUUUCUUUUAAAUCUGGGAAGCUGGGUGGCCGUGCUGUCUAUGACAUAGUCCAUUUUCAGCCCUAUUCAUGGAUUGAUGGGUGGCGAAGCUUCAACCCAGGCCAUGAACAUCCAGAUCAGAACUCUUUUACCUUUGCUCCUAAUGGGCAGGUGUUUGUCUCUGAGGCCCUCUAUGGACCCAAGCUGAGCCACCUGAAUAACGUCCUGGUGUUCGCUCCAUCUCCCACAAGCCAGUGCAAUCAGCCUUGGGAGGGUCAGCUUGGGGAAUGCACACAGUGGCUUAAGUGGACUGGGGAUGAAGUUGGGGAAGCUGCUGGUGAGAUCAUUACAUCGUCUCAGCACGAGGAGAUGAUGUUUGUGAGCGGUGAGGCAGCGCCUGCCUACUCAUCAGCAAUGAAGCUGAAAAGCGUGUACCGUUCUCUGCUCCUGCUGAAUCCUCAAAUGUUGCUAGUGGUGGACCAUGUGGAGAAAGAGGAGGACUCUCCCAUUGACUCCAUCAGUGCCUUUUUUCAUAACCUUGACAUUGACUUUAAAUACGUACCAUAUAAAUUUAUGAACAAAUAUAAUGGAGCCAUGAUGGACGUCUGGGAUGCCCACUAUAAAAUGUUUUGGUUUGACCAUCAUGGGAAUAGCCCUGUCGCUAGGAUACAAGAGGCAGAACAGGCGGCCGAAUUCAAAAAGCGGUGGACUCAGUUUGUAAACGUCACUUUCUCUGCAAAGACCACUGUAGCAAGGAUUGCCUACAUUUUCUAUGGGCCGUAUGUCAAUAUUUCUAGCUGUAGGUUUGUUGACGAUGCCCGAUCAGGGUAUCAGAUUUCUCUCAAUGUCAACAACACAGAAACAGUUCUCUCUGUUGUUACAGACUAUCUAAAUCUGAGGACAAGGUUCAGCUAUUUAGGCUUUGGUGGCUACGCCAAGGUAGCCACUCAGGGAAAGGUGACGAGGUUUGGCCUGGGCACCGAAACAGUAGCAAAAAAUGCACCCAGUAACAGGAUCGCUUUCCCCUUUGGAUUUAAAGUGAAUGUCGUUGCAGGGUUGAUCUUAGGGAUUAGCUUGGCUUUGCUGGCCUUCCAGUGGCACUUUUACAUUUCCUUCAGCAGACUCUUGCGUUGGAUCCUCAUCCUGGUCAUCACAUUGUGGUUUGUUGAGCUGGUUGAUGUGUGGAGCUCUUGCACUCAGCCCAUCUGCGGAAAGUGGAGCAGCGAUGCGAUGAGUGCGGAGCGCAGCACAGGGAAGGACCAGGCACACCCUGUGACUUUGCCUGAUGUGGUCAUUACCUCCCUGCCCAGCUCAGGUGCGGAAAUCCUGAAGCAGCUGUUCUUCAACAGCAGUGACUUCCUAUACAUCAGGAUCCCUUCAGGCUACCUUGACGUCCCCGAAGCCGAGUUUGAGAUCGACUCCUUCGUCGAUGCCUGCGAGUGGAAGGCGUCCGAUGUUCGGAGCGGCCGUUUCCGGCUCUUCCAGGGCUGGCUGCAUUCCCUAGUCAAAGACACAAAACUCCACCUUCAGAAUAUCCAUUUACAUGAAACCAGCAGAAGUAAGUCUGCGCAGCAUCCUGCUGCCAGACAGGACAAAAAGCGGCGGCCCAGAAAAAGAGAAUCCAUAGCGGAGCAAAGAAGCCGAUUGAGAGGGAGUUCAGAGAAAGAUGCUGAUUACAUUAGGGAGCUCAGGAGACACAUAGCCUCUUAUCCAAACGCACGCCCCGUGCUUAGCCUGAGCAGUGGGAGCUGGACAUUAAAGCUGCCUUUCUUUCAAGAAAUCAUAGGCCCUUCCUUGAGAGCGCUCUAUGUAGUACGAGACCCCCGGGCAUGGAUCUACUCAGUACUGCACAAAAGCCAGCCGAGCCUUUACUCCUUGAGGAAGGUUCCCCAGCGCUUAGCGAUGCUGUUUAAAGCAGAGGGCAGGAAAGAAAAGUGUAGUUUAAAUGCAGGCUAUGCUUUUGAAUACGAAUCUCUGAGGGAGGAACUCUCCGAUUCAAAUUCAAACGCUGUCUCUGUGAUGUCCCAUUUGUGGCUGGCAAACACGGCGGCAGCCCUGAGACUCAAUGGGGAUUUGCUGCCGGAGAAUUACCGGCUGCUCAAGUUCGAAGACCUAGUCAACUUCCCCCAGAAGGUGGCCGAAUCCAUCUAUGCCUUUCUGGGCAUCCCUCUGUCUCCCGCUAGCUUAAACCAAAUCCUAUUUGCCACAUCCACCAACCUUUUCUACCUUCCUUACGAAGGAGAGGUCUCCCCGGCCAGCAUCCAGGCUUGGCGACAUGAGAUGCCUCGCGAGGAAAUUAAACAGAUCGAGGACAUCUGUUUGACUCUAAUGGACCGCUUAGGCUAUCCAAAGUUUACCGAUUUAGAAGCUGCGGGUCAGCGGUAGUUUGCACUAAGGAUCCCCAGGCUCUUCAAUUUGUAGAUAAGAAUCCAAAAAGCUGGUUUAUUCUUGUAAAAUGUCUGUACAGUCUGUUACACUUGCAGAGAGAGAGAUUAUUUUAAAGGAAAUGAGAUAUUUGGUCUGGUAAGCUUCCCCCACCCUCCCUUUUCCUUCCUAAACAACAACAAUGAGAAAAAGCCCCCUCGUAAUUACUUUUGCUGCCUUUGAAAAUAAAGCUGUGUGAAUCUUUG